AUGACGUCACCUGAGAAACAUGAGGGGUGUCCCCCCUGCCCCCCCGUCUCCCGUACCACCCAGCACCCCCCCAACAGCUACAGCAGCAGUGUGGGGGGCGUGGACUACGGCAGCUGGCCUUCGAGCACGGACAGCCCGGGCCUGUGCGCCAUCAUCCUGACCUUCAUCUCGUACCUCUUCAUCAUCGCCACGUUCCCCUUCAGCCUCUGCCUCUGCAUCAAGGUGGUGCAGGAGUACGAGAGGGCCGUCAUCUUCAGGCUCGGUCGCCUCCUGAAGGGCGGCGCCAAGGGCCCCGGCAUCUUCUUCAUCAUCCCCUGCAUCGACUCCUACAAGAAAGUCGACCUCAGGACCGUGUCCUUCGACGUCCCGCCUCAAGAGAUCCUGUCGCUGGACUCCGUGCCGGUGUCGGUGGAGGCUGUCAUCUACCUGCGGGUGCGCGACGCAACGGCGUGUGAGACCAACGUCGAGGACUACAGCCACUCAACUCGGCUGUUGGCGGCAACAACUCUGCGCAAUGUGCUCGGUACUCGCAACUUAGCUGAGAUUCUGAGCGAGAGAGAGUCCAUCUCAUCCACCAUGCAAAGCUCCCUCGAUGAGGCCACCGACCCUUGGGGGGUCAAAGUAGAGCGCGUCGAGAUCAAGGACGUGCGUCUGCCAGUGCAACUGCAACGUGCGAUGGCCGCUGAGGCUGAGGCCGCCCGUGAGGCCAGGGCUAAAGUCAUUGCAGCUGAAGGAGAACAAAGAGCCUCCAGGGCCUUGAAGGAAGCUGCUGAUGUCAUAAAUGAAAGUCCAGCUGCUCUGCAGUUGCGGUACAUGCAGACUUUGAGCGCCAUCAGUGCUGAGAAGAACUCUACCAUCAUCUUCCCGCUGCCCAUAGACAUACUCUCCCACUGCCUAACUUCCACCAACGUCGACCACCCAGUCUUGAAGCAAAUCAAAUCUUUCUCCGAGGAUGAAUACCAAAUGGAAGAGGAUGAUGAAUGAUUAAUAUAAAUUGGAAGCUAAUCAUGGAUAGAUGUCUAAAUUAUGCGCUGGCUUCACAUAAGUUCCGUUGCUGGUAUCUUGACUUGAUUUAGACGUGUUUUGAUUUGCUGAGGAUUGUGUUUGGCUUUAAAUUUUGGUGAAGUAGGUCGUCUUCUCCCCUAUGUUGUAUUUAUGGAGGGUACGAUAACUAAAUGACUAUGAUAUUAAACUAAAAA